AGCGGCAACAAAGGGGCAGCGCCGAGCACAGCGGGGCGCCCGCGCCCGGGCCAGCGUCGCUCCGCGCCCCCCCCGCACGCCGCGACUCAGCCCGGCCGAGGCGCCCCGACCACCGGACGGACGGACUGCCGCCUCUCGGGGUGAUGCAGCUCGCCUUUCCCAAUGCCUCCCUCGCCACUGGAAGAACGGAUCGGCGUGCUGCAGAGACCCAAGACCUUGGCCUUGCGCCUCAACCACAGCUUCUCCGGCGGGGGCGAGAAGCCGCCGGUGCCGCCGGCCGCGCCCCCCGUCUGCAAGGCGCCCGGCCAGGCCCCGCCGGUGGGCAGGGGCCCCUGUGAGGAGGGCCGCCGGGGCAGCGUGCUCCAGCCCAACCACUCGCACACCAUCGACAUCAAGCUGACCGUGGGGGCCGCGCAGGGCCGGGCGCCCGAGGGGAACCUCUCGCUGCAGCUGGACCUCAAGCCGGGCGAGAGGAAUGGGGGGCCGGCCCCCCAGGUGAAGCUGCUGCUGCCCCAGGGCAAGCUGAAGAAGCGGAGCUUCAAGGAGAACGCCAAGCCGCCGGUGGACACCUCCGCCAGCUCCUCCUGCCUCUCCAGCCCGGCCAGGCCGCCCCUCCGGUGCGGCUGCCGGGGCUGCUGGCGGCUGCUGGGCUGCGAGGAGGCCGGCCCCAGGCCGCUGGGCCUGCGGGCGCUGGGCUGCUUCUCCUGCCGCACCAGCCUGCGCUCGCUGAGCUGCGCCAGCUGCAGCCCGCCCUCCGUCAAGCGGCUGGGCUGCCUGCCCUGCCUGGCCUGCCACCCCUCCGUCGCCUCGGCCAGCUCCUCCUGCAGCUUCUGCAGCAGCGACCCCAUCGUGGCCGGCGACCCCCGGGGGGGCGCCUCCCCGGCCCCCAGCGGCUACGGCAGCGGGGACGACGACGACGACUACAGCGUCCGCACCAUCUGGCCCGACGAGCUCGCCCGCAAGAUGACGCGCUCGCGGGCCCAGCAGCCGCCCUCGCCGCUCAUCCUGGACUGCCGCAACCUGGUCGAGUACACCAAGAGCCAGCUGCAGGGCGCCAUGCGCUUCGGGGCCGCCGAGGCCGCGGGCCGCCGGCGGCUGCAGCAGGGCAAGCUGGCCGUGCUCGACUUCCUCUCCUCCCGGGGCGCCGGCGACAGCAGGGACUCCUCGCUGCAGCGCCUCUGGCCCAAGGAGGCCGGCCCAGAGGCGCGGCCCCCCAGCCCCCCCAAGGCCUGCAAAGCGCCGCCCUCCCAGAACCUGCACCUGGUGCUGGACCUGCUCCACAGAGACGCGCAGGAGGGGCCGGGCCGGCGAGGUAAGCGGGGCGGGAGUGACGCAGCCGACGGGCCCGACGACCUGGGCCCCCCGCUCACGCCCGACCUGGAGAACGCCGAGCUGAGCCCCAUCCUGCCCUUCCUGUUCCUGGGCAACGAGAGGGACGCGCAGGACCUCGGCCGGAUGCUGAGCCUCAACGUGGGGCACGUCCUCAACGUCACCACCCACCUGCCCCUCUACCACGCCGACUGCGGCCGCCUGCGCUACAAGCGCCUGCCCGCCACCGACAACAACCGCCAAGACCUGCGCCAGUACUUCGAGGAGGCCUUCGAGUUCAUCGAAGAGGCCCACCAGAGCGGCAAAGGGGUCCUCAUCCACUGCCAGGCAGGCGUCUCGCGCUCCGCCACCAUCGUCAUCGCCUACCUGAUGAAGCACACGCGCAUGACCAUGGGCGACGCCUACAAGUUCGUCAAGGGGCGGCGGCCGAUCAUCUCGCCCAACCUCAACUUCAUGGGGCAGCUGCUGGAAUUCGAAACGGACCUCAACGCGGGCGUCACGCCCCGCAUCCUCACCCCCAGGCUGGCUGGGGUGGAGACCGAGGUCUGAACAAGGGGGCGGGUUGUGGGGGAGGGACCUCCAUCCAUCUCAGGGCCGGGAGGAGGCGUCGGGGGCUUCGUGCAAUAGGGAAUCGGUGCACAGCCGGAGG